UCGGAAUCUGUUUAGGCCAUAGCCUACCCCUUGUGAAGAAGGUCCAAUUUAGGGUUUUGUUUGGUUCUUCUAUUUCUUCCUUUUCUUUUCUAAUUUCAAAGCUCCAAGCUUUCAAAAGAAAGCUCUAAACUUUUGCUUUGCAGCUCAUCAAGUAAGCCUCAAAGCCCAUCAUGAUCAUGAUCAUCUUCUUCUUCCUCCGGUGGUAGUUUCUUUUCCUGAAUUGUCUUCCUUCAGUUCAGAUCAGUCAGUCAAGGAUCGAGCCUUAUCAUGGAAGUAGAAGACCCCAUGAGUCCCACUAUGGCGAUUAUCCCUGUGACGCCAACAAUUAACAAUGGGCCACCCACUUCUGAGGAACAGCCUAAUAAACGGAGGAGAAAGAAGUCUAUUGUCUGGGAACACUUCACAAUUGAAACUGUUGGAGCUGGUUGUAUGAGAGCAUGCUGUAAACAGUGCAAGAAAUCAUUUGCAUACAUUACUGGUACAAAGCUUGCAGGAACCAGCCACCUCAAACGACACAUUGCCCUGGGGAUCUGCCCUGUAAGCCGUCAGAAAAAUGAAUCAUCACCAUAUACACCAGGCUCGAAAACAGACCCUCCUAAAAAACGUUUCCGAGCAUCUCCUGGAUUCUCAGGCAUUCCCUUGGAUCAGGACCGCUGCAACCAUGAGAUAGCUAAGAUGAUCAUACAGCAUGAUUAUCCACUCCACAUAGUGGAACACCCUGGUUUCAUUGAUUUUGUCCGGACUCUUCAACCUCAUUACAAUAUGGUGAAUUUUAACACCAUUCAAGGUGAAUGUGUGGCUGUGUACCUGAGGGAGAAGCAAAGCCUCUUGAACCUUAUCGGUGGAAUUCCCGGACGAGUCAAUCUCACAUUGUAUUUGGGGACUUCAAAUCUAGAUAUCGGAUAUGCUUUCUUAACGGGUCACUUUGUUGAUGGUGAUUGGAAUUUACAGCAACGGAUCCUUAAUGUUGUGACAUUACCUUUCUAUGAUUCUGAUUAUGCCUUCAAUGAAGCAAUUGUGUCUUGCCUAUCUGAUUGGCAAUUGGAGAGCAAGUUAUUUACUCUUACCCUCGAUCAAUCCUUCUCAAAUGAGACCGUAAUUGGAAAUCUAAGAGGACUUCUUUCUGUCAAGAACCCAUUUGUGCUCCGUGGUCAAUUACUGAAAGGGAAUUGCUAUGCCCGUGUUUUAAGUUGUCUUGCACAAGAUGCACUCAGUGCCACAGGGGAUAUUGUCAUGAGAAUCCGUGAAAGUGUGAAGUAUGUGAAAACUUCAGAAGCUCAUGAUGAGAAGUUCACUGAACUAAGGCAACAACUUCAAGUCCCUAGCACAAAAGACCUCAUUAUUGAUGAUCAAACUAAAUGGAAUACAACUUACCAAUUGCUGGUGGCUGCCUGUGAAUUGAAAGAAGUAUUUGCUUGCUUAGAUACUUCUGACCCUGUUUACAAGAUAAACCCAUCAAUCGAUGAUUGGCAGAAGGCGGAUAUUCUCUGCACAUACUUGAAGCUUUUAUAUGAUGCAGCUAACAUUUUGACAGGCCCAUCAUACCCUCCUGCCCAUGUAUUUUACCAUGAAGUGUACAAAAUCCAGUUAGAGCUGACAAGUGCAGCCAUGAGCCAUGACCCCUUUGUCAGAAACUUGACCAAACCCUUGAAAGAAAAGUUUGAUCAAUAUUGGAACGAUUGCUUCCUUGUUUUGGCAAUUGCAGUAGUCAUGGAUCCAAGGUUUAAGAUGAAGCUUCUUGAAUUUAGCUUCCCAAAGGUCUUUGGCGAGGAUGCUGGUAUGUGGAUCAAGAGUGUUGAUGAUGGUAUUCAUGAACUUUUGGUAGGAUAUCUUACACCCAAUUUUCAUCUACCGGCAACAGAUGUGGAAGAAGGGCUUGUCAGCAUUCCUCAAUCAGACAAUCUACAAGAAAUUGAAGUAGCACCUGCUCCGGAUGAACACUUUCAAAGACUACCUGCCCAAGAAGUGCACCCUCAAGAAGUACCUCAUCAAGUGGUACACCCUGACAAAGCAACUCCUCAAGAAGUGCCUCUUCAAGAUGGGCACCACCAAGAGGUGUCUCUUCAUGAGUCGCUCCUUCAAGAAGUGCCCUCACAGGUAGUGACCCCUCAAGAGAUGCAUGCUGAAGAAGUGCCUUCCCAAGAAGUAUCAUCUCAUGAGAUAUACACUGAAGUGCCCUCCCAGGAACCACCCUCAGAUGAAAUGCAUCCUCAAGAAGCACCUCAUGAGUCGCACACUGAACAAGUGCCUUCUCAAGAGAUGCAAAGUGAAGAAGUACGCGCUCAAGAGAUGAACAAUGAAGAAAUACACCCUCAAGAUAUUCACACUGAAGAAGUCCUCUCCGAAGAAGUAUCUGCUCAAGAGAUUUGCUCUGAAGAAGUUCCCUCCCAAGAAGUAUCCAUUCAAGAGAUGCAGACAGAAGAAGCGCUGCCUGAAGUGAUGCAGACAGAAGAAGCGCCAUCUCAAGCAAUGCAGACAGAAGAAGUGCAGCCGCAAGAGAUGCAACUCCAAGUAAUCUGUCAGGGGAUGCAGCCUCAAGAAUUACACACUCAAGAUCUACCUAUGCUUUCUAUUGGAGAUGGGCUUUCAGAUUUUGAUAUAUACAUCUCCGAGAUUACAUGUGGGCAACAUUUCAAGUCAGAAUUGGAUCAGUAUCUAGAGGAGUCGCUUCUGCCUCGUGUGCAUGAGUUUGAUGUGUUAGGUUGGUGGAAACUAAACAGACUGAAGUAUCCAACACUUUCCAAGAUGGCCGUUGAUAUUUUAUCGAUACCAGUGUCUACUGUUACUCCUGAUUCAGUGUUUGACACUGAAAACAGAAGGAUAGAUAGCUACAGGAGUUCACUGCGUCCUGUGACACUUGAAGCCCUUAUAUGCGCCAAGGAUUGGCUCCAGCAUGGAUCAUCAUUGUUGUCAUCACCAUCACUGUAGGUUUCCAACGCACCUGUGAAGAAAGAAUUUUAGGAAUCAUGUAGGAACCUGUUUUGCCGUUCAACAGUGUAGGUUUAGGCUUAUGCUAUUGCUCUUUUUUUCUUCUUCUGCCAUAUAAGAUGUUUGAUUAGGAUUUGUUCUGCUUCUUGGUUAUCAGUGAUUACUUCGGAUUAGUGCCUUUUGUCGUUCAUGUGGCCUUGUGCUAAGCUUUGAUAGCACAUGCUAAUAUCAAUACGCAGGCUUCAGUUUCCUU